GUCAACUGUACAAUACUAUGUGAGAUGCCGCACGCGACGAACCGAAUCUGUCGCGAACCACAUCUCCAUAUCCCCCAUAUCCCAAUUGCAUAGCAUAGAGAAGAACCGUAUCGCACAUCACGACUGCAGUAGUUAUCUACGUACACCUCUUAGACCUACUAAUCAUCCUGAUAAUGUUAUGAAAACGACCAUACGAGUAUUCAAAAUUACCCCCUGGCUCGGCGUUAGCUUCGAUUGCAGCCUCGGUCCUAUCCCCUUAGCAUCUACUCCCAGCCGUAGACAUGAGCGACCUUGAUAAAGCGAUCGCUCAACUCCGAGCAUGUCGUCCGAUCCCCGAGGCGCAAGUUAGGGAACUUUGCCAUAAAGCCCGAGAGCUCUUGAUCGAAGAAGGAAAUGUCGUUACAGUCACAGCUCCCGUAACGAUAUGUGGUGACAUCCACGGACAGUUUCACGAUUUAAUGGAACUUUUUAGGGUCGGGGGCGAUCCUCCAGACACAAACUACCUUUUCAUGGGCGACUUCGUCGACCGUGGCUUCUACUCGCUAGAAUCCUUUCUCCUACUCCUCUGUCUAAAAGUCCGCUAUCCCGAUCGUAUGACACUGAUUAGAGGCAACCACGAGUCUCGUCAAAUAACGACGGUUUAUGGAUUCUACGACGAGUGUCUUCGAAAAUAUGGCAGUGCUAACGUGUGGAGGUAUUGCUGCGACGUUUUCGACUAUCUCGCCCUCGGAGCUAUAGUGCUCAACGCGUCGAAUACCCUCUCGCCUCCCAAUGAGAUGACACCUAGCGAGGAAUAUACCCAGCAGGAUAUUGAGAUUGAAGUGUGCAAUGCGGAUGGGGAUAUCAUGAGCCGAUUCAUGAGACGAAACAGCGAUCAAUCCAUAGACCGCGAGCGGAAAAGCCCUAACGGAACUCAACCUAAGACUGGUCCUCCAGGGUCAGGCGCGUCGGGCUCCAGUGGGGGCACCAUUGGCAAUCCGACAGGAGCAGUUUUAUGCGUACACGGCGGUUUGUCACCCCUGAUCGAUACGGUGGAUAAGAUCCGCCUAUUAGAUCGCAAACAAGAAGUACCUCACGAGGGCGCCAUGUGCGACCUCUUGUGGUCUGAUCCGGACGAGAUUGACGGCUGGGGUCUGUCGCCACGCGGCGCAGGCUUCCUCUUUGGCGCGGAUAUUGUCAAGGUCUUCAACCAUAAGAACGACCUUUCGCUCAUCGCGCGCGCCCACCAGCUCGUCAUGGAAGGUUUCAAGGAAAUGUUCGAUGCGAGCAUUGUUACGGUUUGGUCAGCGCCCAACUAUUGUUACCGAUGCGGUAACGUGGCCGCCGUCCUAGAGUUAUCCGAGGACCCGACCGGAGAGAGCUUUUUCGCGCGCAGCAACGGUGAUGUGGGCCGGAGCGAUGGCGGAGUAGAGGGUGUUAUGAUGGAGAGCGAGAAGAGGCUCAAGAACGGCCCAGCAAGGAGAUAUCGCGUAUUCCAGGCGGCGCCGCAAGACUCCAGGGGUAUGCCUGCCAAGAAGCCGGUAGCAGAUUACUUCCUAUAGGACCCCCCCUGGUGUAAGGACUGGAUUGUAUAAUACGAAAUGGUUGGCAGCAACGGACGUGGCAUUCCGCUUAAGACGGACCAUCAACAGUGUUUUACCCCUUUUGGUAUGAUACCUGGCGGAGUUCCGGAGACAUAUCACAGAAAGAAGCAGAUUUCGGAUUAAUGAUUAACUAGGCGGCGUAUUCUGGUCUCUCAUGAGAAUAGAUGCAGAGGAGAUAUCCAUGUAAUGAAUUAUACUAGGAUAUAUUCCUGUUCAGCCUACUGGCACAUUUUCACUGCAGUGAACGGGAUGGGACGAGACGAUUCGGCGUUGACGAAUAGGAAUACUAAAGA